AUGGAGCCACCGGAGAGUAAGAUAUCAGUGUGGGUCUGCCGGGAGGAAAAGCUCAUCUCCAGCUUGUCAAAGCGCACAACCUGCGCUGAUGUUGUCAAAGUUCUUCUGGAGGACCAGGGCACGCAGCUGUCUGGCUGCUCACAGCCUUACUGCAUCGUGGAGAAAUGGAGAGGUUUCGAGAGGAUUUUGCCGAACAAAACCAAGAUUUUACGGUUGUGGAUGGCGUGGGGAGAGGAGCAGAGGAACGUGAAGUUUGUGCUGGUGAAAAGCGAGGCGUCUCUGGCGAACCACGGAACCCGGAGCGCAGAGGCUCGUGUGGUGCUCAGCAAACAGAGUCCCUGUGUUUCCAAAGGGACCGUGCGCUCUCCCAUCAGUGGCAUCUCAUCCGAAAAGCAGCGCCGGAUUGUCAGGAAAGCUUUCAGAAAGUUGGAGAAGAUCAAUAAAAAGAGGGCGCAGGCGUCGCACAGAGACGCGUCUUCUGCUGAAAAGAUGGAAACUUUGGUGCAUCUUGUGAUUUCUCAGGAUCAUACAAUCCGCCAGCAGAUUCAGAGGAUUACUGAUCUGGACACUGACAUUGAAAGGUGCGAGGCAAAAGUGCAUUUUGACAGAAUUAAAAGGCACGGGAAUAAUUAUGUGCAAGACACGUAUUUACUGGAUAAUGCUGAGACUUCCAGCCGAGAGGGAGACAAACUAUGUUCAGCGGUGACUGUGGCCAAGUUUGAAGAGUAUGUUCGGCAGUGUGAGGAGCUGGUGAGACUACAAGAGGAACUGUGGGAUCAGGAGGCUCACAUAGACAUCAUCACGGUGCAGAUUCAGGAGGAGCUGAAUCACCGCUGGAUGCAGAGGAGGCAAGAGGAGCUGCACAACAAAGACGCAGAGCCCGGUGAGGGCGCACCAUAUGUCCCCGGCACCGAGUCUGACAGAUCAGAAAACCAGCUGCUUUUGGAAAGAGAGAGGAUCAAAACGCAACUAGAUGCGAGUUUAUACAUCGGCCUGCGCCUCAACACGGAUUUAGAAGCUAUUAGGAGCGAUUUAGAGUUGACCCAGGAGAUUUGCGAGGCGAGAGAGAAGGAGAUGAGGGAUUUGCUGGAGAAAGUGAACAUUUUGGCCAUAGAGGAAGGGGCAGCCAGUGAGGGAAGAUGUAGGCCUAGUCACGGGACAGAUGAUAAAAUGAGGAUGAUGAUCACUUUGGACAGGAAAAGCGAGUGGGUGGAGCAGGCCAGGGGUCUGUCCAAAUCUCACAGUGUGAACGACGACGACUCAGACACUGGCUUAAGCUCUUUGCAUAGUCAGGACUCAGACAGCCACCCGGUGUGGGAGUCACUUGUUUAG